CCAUAAUAUUUGUUAGAUGGUGGAUCAAAAAAUCGAAGUUAUCUUCAUUGCUGUAGACUUAUAAAACAUGUAAAACGCACGACGUCUUAUUCAAUACCUGCAAACUGAUCCCAAUGUUAGAUUCCUUAACUAGGAAACAAUAACAACUGAUGACAACGCUGCUCGUUUGCAAAAUUGGAAAACAUUUAAUUUUGAACAAAUUGAAAUUGUCCUUCUCAAGUUACACAACAGUAAAAAUGCCAUUGAAAUUUGCAGCUAAUGUAUCAAUGCUCUUUCAAGAAAAUGGAACUCUUGACAAACGUUACAAAGUUGCGGAAAAUGCUGGAUUCAAAUAUGUAGAGUGCACAUUUCCUUAUGAUAUUCCAAUAGAGACGCUGCAAUCCGCCAAAGAAAGUGCAAAUGUUGAGCAAGUUCUCGUCAAUGGAUGGCCAGGUGAUAUGACCAAAGGUGAUGUUGGAAUAUCCGCUCUCCCAGACAGAAUUGAAGAAUUUAGGGAAAAACUAGAAACAUCUAUCAAAUAUGCAAAUGCUUUAAACUGUAAAAGAAUGCAUAUCAUGGCAGCUAGGGUUACUGAUAAAUUCACAACCAAACAAAUGGAGGCAGUGUAUAUUGAGAACCUGAAAUAUGCUGCAGACAGGCUACAGAAGGAAGGGAUUCUUGCACUAAUUGAAGCUGUGAACUCAAGAAUAUCCGUCCCAGGAUACCUGAUGGACCAUCCGCAAAAAGCUGUUGAAAUAAUAGAAAAGGUGAAUCAUCCUAACCUAAAGAUGCAACUGGACCUAUUUCAUGUUCAGAUUAUGGAUGGUAAUCUGACAGGAAAUAUUAAGAAGUAUCUCCCAUAUACAGGGCAUAUACAGAUUGCCCAGGUGCCUAAACGAGGUGAACCUGACACUGAAGGAGAAAUUAACUACCCAUAUGUAUUCAAAGUACUAGAGGAGAGUGGGUACGAUGGAUAUAUAGGCCUUGAAUACAUUCCUGCUGGUAAAACUUUGGAUGGCUUGAAAUGGAUGAAGAUAAUGGGAUUUUGAACAGACAUCUACUGUUCUCAAUCUCUUUAAGAAGCUAUGGGAUAUAUCUACAUACUAGUAUAUGGGAAUACAUUAACAUGCCUUUAAUUGAAAUGGAUUUAAUUGGCAUACCUAGCCUUGGACAUAAGUUGAACCUAAAUGACGGUAAUUUGAUCCAAAAUUGAAGGAUCUAAGAUGGAUGUAAGAAUAGUGCAGUAACAAAUAUAUUUCUAUCAAUGUGUGUAUUCAUUAAAUCAAGUAAAUACAUCAA